CGCUCUUUCCCUUCAAUAAAAGUAGGUCAAAAAACGUCUAUGCUUCAUCAUCAAAUUUUGAUUGGAAGAACUUUAGCAAUGGGUUACAUGGUGGUGGCCAUGUUCAUAUGCUUUUCAAGUGCUUUCGUUAAUCUCAUUUCAGUAGAUGCAUAUGGUCGCAUGGAAACUAAUGGGACGAUAGCUGGUUGGGGCUUUCCUAUGAGUAGCUACAGCACACGAGUUAAAAUAGGUAUAUGGGGUUCACAAGGACAACAUCAUACCCAAGAAUCUGGGGCAUCAUUAUCCAUCGGCAAUAUUGAUUUAGAUCGGUCCUCCUUCAAUACAAUCGAAGCUGGAUUUCAUGUACUCCCCGCAUUAUAUAACAAUAAUGGUUUCCAUUUCUUUAUACGAUGGACGAAAGAUAACUACAAAUCAACGGGCUGUUAUAAUUUGGACUGCCCAGGUUUUGUGCCUCCUAGUGGAGCUGCACUUGUUCCAGGCCAAGCCGUCGCUCCUCCCUCAACUUAUGACAGGGAAGAUCGCUACAUAACAAUUAGCCUGCAUACGGAUCCAAACACAGAAGAUUGGGUGUUGUAUCGAGACGACUUGGAGAAACCUUCAUUUUUGGGGCAUUUUCCAAAAGAGCUUUGCCCCAAAAUAUGGGGUAUAGCCCCCCUAGUAGCAUGGACUGGAUUUGUCAGAUACGGGAACAAGGAAGGUGGUCCCGCAAUGGGUAGUGGUCAUUUUCCAGAAGAGGGCCGAAAGAAAGCAGCAUACUUCAAGAAUAUCAAACUCUUUGAUUCCAAAGCUAAUGUGUAUGAUCCAAGUGGCUUGAUUAGACUUGUCAACAAACCAAGUUGUUACAAAGUCAGUGACCUUAUGACUGCUAAAAAGGAUGGCCAUAUGUUUUACUAUGGAGGUCCAACUGGUUGUGUUGGUUGAUGUGUAUCAGUUCUCGAAUAUAAUAAAAGUGAUAAACA